GACUUAGCAUUUAGGUAUUUUUUUAAUUUGUAUGAUUUAUAUUUAUUUGAAAAUGUCAGAUAUGCAAAAUACAACAGAAGAGAAGGCGUUAUGUGAGAUAAAGUUAUAUAUAAAAUUGACAAAUAAAGGAAUGUUUAUCUAUGAUGGAUGGAGUAACGAGAGAUUACUCAAUUUGCUAAAGGAUAAACUUAUGCGACGUCGCAAUAAUAAAUCCUUAUCCGUAUGUACUGAUGCGCAAUGCAAUAAAUUAUUACAUUUUAUUAUGCACAGUGGAAUGUAUAAUGAAUGUAUUUUACUGAAACUAGAAGAAAAAGGCAUGUCACCACAAAGUAUUGUGAAGGCAAUGAAAUAUGGUCUCCUUGGACUUACUUCUGAGGAAUUGAAAUAUUUUGAAGAUUUUGGAGCAAAAAUAAAUGGAGAUAAUACAUGGAUGAAAAAACUUGAUGAUAAAUUUAUUUGGAAUCUGGCUGCUACUGGAUUAACUGAAGAUCAAUGUUGGACUAUUGUCACAUAUGGACUGGUGUCUCAAGAUAAAAGUAUAUUGUAUCGGCUUUUAUCGAGUGGCAUUGAUGUUCCAGGAAUUAUAAACUGGCAGGGAAAAAUUAAGCCAAUUUCAUCAACAACAAUCCGUUUUCUGAAAAAGCUUGGGAUCGAUAAAAACACUUGUAAUUAUGUAGAAGAAAAUGGUAUUGAUGAUGAGGCAGAAGAUAUUCUAAUUGAUCUUGGAUACAAUGAAUAUAAGAAAAAGGAAACCUUGGAAAUAAUCGAGGAAGGAAAAAUCUUUGACACAAUAUCUGAUGAUUCAUUGAAGACAUCUUGUUUUUGUAGUUUAGAUGAAAUGAUUUUUUCAAAUGUUUUUAUCACAAGCAUGCAGUAUAAUCUUACUUCGUGCCCUCGUUAUUUGAAUUUAUUGCCGAAAGAACAAGCCAAUAAAACUCUGACAAGAAAUGAUUAUUUGAAACAAAAUGUGUUGGUGCCACUAUCAUGGGCGAUAAGCAGAGCUCUAAGAUAUUGUCCAUCAGAUCCCAUACAUUACAUAGCCCACCAACUGUUACGUUGGAAGUAUGGAAAUGUCCCACAAAAGGAAAUACAUGAUUUUCAACAAAUUAUCGCUUCCAGUACGAUUCCGAUGAAUCAAGAACUUAUGCAAGAAUGUAAACGUGAAGAAGAAGACGUCAUUAGAUGCUCAAAUAAAGCUACUGCGAAAGAUAUUGUCGUGUGUUCAGAACAACAGAAAUUAUAUCAUAUUAAAGAAAAAUGUUGGAAAUGUACAAAAAUGCCAAUAUAUGAUCGGCUUUUACAUUUAUCAGAAGAAUAUUUCAGUGCAAAAAUUGCACGAGAGUAUUACAUGGAACGGAAUGGAAUGAAUGUCUGA